CCCUCCGCCACUAGUGGGAGCGAGCGCGAGGGAGGAGACCCCUGUCCGUCCGCCCAUACUUGCAGCUGCUGCCGCCGCUCCCACCCGCGAUCGCAGCAGGAAACGCAACCUGCACCCUGGGCUGCGCAGCGUGGGAGGGUUUCGCGGUCCCAGGGACCGAUUCUGAACUUGCAGGAGACCGCAGCUCUCCUGGGCCUGGAGAGUGUGAACAGGAUUGCAGAUUUACAAUGAUAUGGUGAACCCAAAGGCCGGAACCAAAACAAUUUUCUCAGCUCUUUAAUUUGAACAAUAGUGAAUUGUCUGCUAACAUCCAGCAUGGCUAAAAGUGCAGAGGUCAAACUGGCAAUAUUUGGAAGAGCAGGCGUGGGCAAGUCAGCUCUUGUAGUGAGAUUUCUGACGAAACGUUUCAUCUGGGAAUAUGAUCCCACGCUUGAAUCAACUUACCGACACCAAGCAUCUAUCGAUGAUGAAGUUGUCACCAUGGAGAUACUAGACACUGCUGGUCAGGAAGACACCAUUCAGAGGGAAGGACAUGUGCGGUGGGGGGAAGGCUUCGUGCUGGUCUAUGACAUUACUGACCGCGGAAGUUUUGAGGAAGUGCUGCCCCUGAAGACCAUCCUGGAUGAGAUCAAAAAGCCCAAGAAUGUGACUCUCAUCUUGGUGGGAAACAAAGCUGACUUGGACCACUCCAGACAGGUUAGUACCGAAGAAGGGGAGAAGUUGGCCACAGAGAUGGCAUGUGCUUUUUAUGAGUGUUCUGCCUGCACCGGAGAAGGGAACAUCACCGAAAUAUUCUACGAGCUGUGUAGAGAGGUUCGUCGCCGGAGGAUGGUCCAGGGCAAGACGAGGCGACGCAGCUCCACCACACACGUCAAGCAAGCCAUUAACAAGAUGCUCACCAAAAUCAGUAGUUAGGCAGCUCCAUUCUUGUGAAGGCCCUGCUGAGGUGGGUCGGGUAAUUAGAAACACUUUCUUGCCCUUUUUCCCUUUUUUUAUCCUCCAAAAUAAAAUACCCCAUUCUUUGUUCUGACUCUGGGAAAUGUCUGGGCUUCCUCUUGUUCCCAGCCUCCUGUAUGUUGACAAGUUGCAGAGUGUUUUAUGCAAUUUCAAUGCUGACAAUUACUCCUUUUCCUGCUUCAAUAAGAUACACUUUAUUGCAGUUUGAACAUGUAAUCACAAGAGAUUCCGAAAUGGCUGGGUUCAUAUUAAGCUAUUUUUAAGCAUCUUCACCUUGCUUCAGUAGGUUGACGCUUUUUUCAAAGGCAUUUUAAAAUUCUAUUUCUUGUGAAAGACUACAAAUGAUUGCCUUAGAAGUCUAAAAUAAUAGAAAACACAGUAAAAGCAUAGGAAAAGUAACUGAAAUAUUGGAGCCCUAGUUUCUAUUUGAAGCAAGGAUUAUUUCUGAGCUGUCUUAAAUUAUCUAGUUUUUCUUUAACCUUUAUUUAGUUCUUAAACUCAAACAUGUUUUCACAAGGUUUUCCAUUGUGUAAGAGAGUUCCAUUUCAGUUGGUUCUCUCAAUGAUCAAUUGAUCAUAGCACCCUAAUUCUUCUUUCAUAGCUCCAACAAGAUUUAAUUAUAGUAGGGGCAGCAGUGCCCCUCAAUUCAGUUCUUGCUAGCCUCUUUCUCACCAAGCCCAGAGUGAUGUAAAGACCUUAGGAAUCUUUUCACCAAACCCUGACUUUAUUGAAUGCUAACAGAGUAUAUCGUUAGAGAUGUCUGAUUCAUUUCUCUCUCUGCUUAUCACCUUAGCAGAAAGAUAACAGACCAAAAGAAAGGAAAAUUAGGAUGAAGCUUAACUAUCCUUCUGUUAGGGAGCCAAGGCUCUAUGCCAGACACAGUAAGAAAAAUUAACCUCUGAUUCAUUAAGUUGGUUACAUGACUUCUAAUAUUUUGGAAAUCACUUAGAAUUCAGAAAAGAAUAGGUGAUUAAAGUUCACUAUACCUGAAUAAAUGUGUAUAAAAUAGAUUCUUAUAUUGUGAAAAUAUAGUCUAUAACUAAUAAAACUUUAUGAUUCUUUUUUCCUUUUUUAUCCCCCAUAUAUCAAGACUUAGGCACUUUAUUUUAGAAGAAAAUAUAUAUCUUUUACAUAUGUGUGUAUUUAUAAAUACAUAAAUAUAUGUAUAAAAAUUUGUAAGAGUUGGAGGCUUUAAUUCACCAAUGCAUUUGGACAACUUGGUGUAACUAUUUUAUGUGAAUAUAAUAAAAAAGCAUAAUUUUCACAUUCUCUCACAUUAGGGUGGUCUUUCUUGUGAUAACAUGAAAUGUUUGUAAUUUUAGGAGAGACUUGAGGGGACAAUUGGAAUGCAGAGUUCAUGAAUCAGUGGACAUGAUAUAAAAAAUAAGCUCCCUUUUAUAAUAACAGCUACUAUUGUGGAGUGCUUACGUGCUAUUUUAGGCGCUUUAUGCAUUAUCUCAUCUAAUCCUCACAAUAACCUUAUGCAAGAAAUGGUAUUAUGAUUACAUUGUAGGGAUGAAGGUAUUGAGCCACAAGAAAAAACAAGUUUGCGCAGCCUUUUAAUGGGGAGAGCCAGGAUUUAACCCAGAAAGGCAAAGUCAGACCCUGGAGCCCAUGCUGAUAUCUGUAGAAUAUUAAUAGGCUGAGAUAUGGCUCUUGUUCUUGAGCUGUGGGGAUGAAGACACAGGAAGGAGAACAUUUAGGAAAGACUUGCUUCACUGAUGCUUUCAUUCAAAUAUUAACAAGUAUUUAUAUAAGUCACACAUGUACCUUGACGCAAGUUAGUCCAUUUCAUUGUGUCUGAGCUGAACCUUGAAAAAUAUAUACAAGUUAUUCAGGAGAAAAAGAUGGUAAAAAUAUUCUAAGCCAAAGGACUAGAAUGAAACCAAGAUAUGGAGACACAAAAGGUAUUGGUAAGUGUAACAAUUCAAAGUAGUUUAGAGAGCCACAUAUACCAUUCUUCAAGAAAAUGGGGAAGGGAUAACAAAGGGAAGGAAUUAAAAGAAAGAAAAAGAAUAAGGGGUUUGGAGGUAAGGAAAAAAAAGGCAAAAAUUCAUAAUGCUGCACUAAUGUAGGUAAUUACAUAUUAAAGGACCAAGUAGUAACUUAGCUGUGAUUGACUUUCAGUAAUGUCCAUUUAGAAAGGGUAGGGAAAAUGAAAGCAGAUUAAGAUUAUUUUUCAAAUGGUCCCAUCUUCUGGAAUCACAAUCUCAUUUAUUUUCUUACCUAUACUUGGGGAUGAAACUCAGCCAGUUCCUAUUAAGAGAAAGCUCCUAAAGAGACAUAAUGACUACCUGGGUGCCAACACUAAGGAAGUAAAAUUUAUAGUCACCAACACCAGCAACUUCCCCAGACAUAUGCAUACAAAUCCAGACCUGUUAAAACAUCAUAGAACCACUGGCUUAAGUCCCAACCGGUAAUUACAGAAGAACAGGAGAUUGUACAAAUACAAAUUAGCUAUUCCUUACACUCUCCCGGCUUCUCCACAUAGGAAGGUUAUAAACAGUUGUUUUUUAAACAGUAUUUUAAUGAUGGAAACCUGUGUGUUCUUGAAUAAUAAUGAUGGGUUAUCACCAUGCUACCACUACCAACGUUUGCUGUUUCUAGUUGCUUUCCUUUUCUUUUAAGAUUCAAAAAAUUUUAUUUCUAAGUAUUGUGUUUGUACUCAUAUGCCUCAGAGCACUGAGAGAAGGAGCCCAUAAUUCGGGACCUCCCUUUUAAAUAGUAUGUGUAAUGCUUACACGUACAUAAACAAACACAACAUCUUGGGUUCUAAGUAUGUAUAAUACCAACCAAGCUUUCUUAUUAAAACAGCCUAUGCCCACUUUGAGGAUAAUAAGAAAGUAGCCAGUUC